ACACACAAAAAAAAUAAAAAUCAAGCUUCCAGCUUUCUACACCAUCCCUUCAUAUUGUAGCAUCGCAAACUUGAUCCAACAAAAUCUUCUCUAUAAAUUUCUUGUGCAUGCCAACCUUGCUCUUCAUUUCCUGUGAACAAGAAUGGCAUCGAAGGGUUGUAAGAAGGCAGCAACUCUUUUCAUUCUGCUUAACAUCUUAUUUUUCACUUUCGUUUCAUCUCAUAAGGUCGUCACAUGCCCACCUCCACCAACAUCUCUACCUUCGCCUCCCUCUGUCCCAAAGAAGCCCGCCAAAUGUCCCAAAGAUACGCUUAAGUUUGGGGUCUGCGGGUCCUGGUUGGGAUUGGUUCACGAGGUCGUUGGGACUCCACCUAGUAAGGAGUGUUGUACACUGAUUGCAGGUCUAGCUGAUCUCGAGGCUGCCUUGUGUUUAUGUACUGCGAUUAAGGCCAAUGUGCUUGGAGUCAUCAAGGUCAAAACACCUGUUGCACUCACUUUGCUGAUAAAUGCGUGUGGGAAAAAGGUUCCGGAAGGAUUUGUGUGUGCAUAGAAUUUCUUCCUCUCCUCUCUUGUCUCUGUUUCUUUUGACAGCACCAUGUGUCAGCAAUGAAAACUGUGGUUGAAAUUGUCCUUGCCUUAUUUUCA